GGGUGCAGGCAGGAGGGAGCUGAGAUGUUUGGAGGCUUUUUUUUAAUAUAAAAUUAUUUAUUUAAAUAAAAAUGGCCGCCGUGGAGAGCGGAGAGGAAAGACUGGGGGAGGGUCAAGAAGGCGAGGAGGGCGCCGUCAACCCCCAGCCCCCCGCCAGAGAGAAACACAGGUCCCACAGUAAGACCAAGAAGGCCCGUAAGGAGCGCCAACAUGCCGAGCAGGAGGCAUCUGCAUCAACAACGACACAGGAAGCCGAGCCACCAUCAGAGGCAGAGACCCAGGAAUCAGAGCCUGUGGCGGGUCCUUCAGAGGUGGGCUCGGAGUCGGCGGGCGAGUCUGCAGGAUCGCCCAAGCAAAGACGCUCUAUCAUCCGGGACCGAGGCCCACUGUACGACGACCCAUCACUGCCCGAAGGCUGGACACGUAAACUCAAACAGAGGAAGUCUGGACGCUCUGCGGGAAAAUUCGACGUCUACCUGAUCAACUCGGAGGGAAAGGCGUUUCGCUCAAAGGUGGAACUUAUCGCAUACUUUCAAAAGGUUGGUGACACAACAACUGACCCCAAUGACUUCGAUUUCACUGUCACUGGACGUGGAAGCCCCUCACGUCGUGAGAAACGACCUCCGAAGAAACCGAAGGUGGUCAAACCAUCGGGGCGAGGCCGAGGAAGGCCUAAAGGCAGUGGGAAGGUGCGUCAGGCUACAGAGGGUGUGGCCAUGAAGCGUGUGGUUGAGAAAACUCCGGGCAAACUGCUGGUCAAAAUGCCCUUUAGCAAGGCAGAACCCUCCAGUGGCACCACCUCUGCUGCCUCAAAGGCAGCGUCUCCUGCCCUGGUGUCCACAAAGUCCCAUCCCGGAAGAAAGAGGAAAUCAGAGCAAGAACUUCCAGCCCCUCCACAGACUGCCCCCAAAAAACGGGGCAGGAAACCAGCUUCUGCCUCAGCAACAUCGUCCGUUGCCACAGCAUCCUCCUCAUCUGCAUCAGCUUCUGGUAGCUCAUCUGCAGGGAGUUACGCUGCAGCUGCCAUUUUAGCUGCCGAGGCCAAGCGGCGAGCAGCAAAGGAGUCUUCCACCAAACCUGUCAUCCAGGAAACAGCCCUGCCAAUAAAAAAACGCAAAACCAGAGAGACAGUGGAGGAGAAGGAAAGUGCUCAAACCCCAGAAGCUUCAACUGCUCAGACUGGAAGGAGGGCUACUUCAGAGGGGGAGGGGAGCACCGGUGAAAGAUCUACAGAGUCUCACCCUCCACCCUCUGAGCAGAGCCAGUCGACUGGGUCUGAAGAAAGCCAGUCGUCACACGGACACAAAGCGCAUAAAGGGAGGAAGCACAAGGAAAAAUCUGGAUCAGCAGCAGGAGAUGAAGGUAGCAAGAAAGAUGAAGGAGGUGAAGGUGCAGGUGAUAAGGGAGGAGAUGAAGGAGCUGGGAGGAGUAGCAGCAGCAGUAGCAGUAGCAUUAGCCCGUCAAAAAGCCACAAAAGGAAGGACCGGCUGCCUCACAAGCACCAUCACCAUCACCAUCACCACCACCACCACCACCAUCACCAUCGCCACCAACAGUCCUCUGCCUCCACAUUAGAUCAACCUCCUCCUCCUCCUCCUCCCCCUCCUCCUCCACCCCCUCCCCCUCCACCACCUCCUCCAGCCUCUGGACACUCAGCACCUCCUGAAGUCGACCCCCAGACUGUGCCCCAGCUCACCACUCAACAAGCUCCUUCCAAACCCCAGUCCAAAUCUGUGCCUCAGUCCUCGCCUGAGCCUCGUCCUCCUCCACCGUCACCACGGCACCAACCCCAACCCCACCCCCAGCAGCAGCAGCUUCAACCUCCCAGUCAGCCCCAAGUCCAGCCUAGAUAUCCAGGAUCGCAGUCACCUCCUACCAGGCACGUUCUACCCCAACAACCCCAGUCCCAACCCCAGAGCCAACCACAAAAAGCCCAGUCACAAACUGUAAACCCCCAGGCCCAGCAUCGAACCCAGCUUCAGCCUCAGUCUCAAUCGCAUUCGCAAACCCCUUCAGUCCUUCACAUUCAUACUUCUCAGACAAGGCAACCACAUCCACACACCCAGUCCUCAACAGUUCCCCAGCCUCAAACCCAGUCCAGGGUCUUGUCCCAAUCCCAGUCACAGAUUAAACAACAGCCACAGCCCCGGCAGUCAGUCCAGCCUCAACUCCAGACCCAGACCAGAGCCCCGAGUCAGCCUCAGCCUCAGCCUCAGCCUCUCACCCAGCCAAGAACCCCUUCCCAAACCCAGCCUCAGUCCCAGUCCAGGACCACAACCCAUCCUCAAAUGCAACCCAGAAUCCACACCCAAUCACAGCUUCAACCUCAGUCCAGAACCCCAACCCAAUCACAACCUCAAUCCAGAACCCCAACCCAGUCUCUGCCUCAACCACAGUCCAGGACCCCAACCCAGUCUCACCCUCAACCUCAGUCUAGAACCCAAUCCCAGCCUCAACCCCAGACCAGGACCCCUAUCCAGUCUAUUCCUCAACCCCAGACCAGGACCCCUGUCCAGUCUAUUCCUCAACCCCAGACCAGGACCCCUGUCCAGUCUGUUCCUCAACCCCAGUCAAGGACCCCUGCCCAGUUCCAGCCUCAGCCUCAAUCCAGGACCCCAUCCCAAUCACAGCCUCAACCUCAGUCCCGGACCCCAACCCAAUCUCCGCCUCAACCCCAGUCUAGGGCCCCAUCCCAAAUGCAGCCUCAACUUCAGCCUAGGCCCCCAACCCAAUCUCUUCCUCAGCCUCAGUCUAGAACCCCAAUCCACUCCCAGCCUCAGCACCAGACAAGGACCCCAGCUCAAUCUCAGCCUCAACCUCAGUCUAGGACCCCUACCCAGUCCCAACCUCAAACUCAACCAAGGCCCCCACCCCAAUCCUUUCCUCAGCCCCAGCCCAGGACCCUUGCCCAACCUCAACCUCAACCACAGCCUCAAGUCCAAUCCAGAACCCUUCCCCAGUCUCAGCCUCCACCUCAACCCCGGCAUCAAAGUCAGCCCCAGCCGCAAGCAAGGCACACAUCACCACACCAAUCCCAGUCUCAGUAUAGACUUCAACACAGGCAGUCCCUCCCCCAUCCUAGACCAUCCCAGUCACAAUCUCAGCCCCAAGCACAAGCGCACCUUCAACGAGCUCAACCACAGCCACGUCCCCACCCACAGCCCACUAGGGCCCAUGUGCAGCCACUUUCGCAGCAUCGACCAUCCCUCAGUUUGAGCAGACCCAACCUGGUCCAGGUUCAGCAGAACCAGAGUGAACAACCCCAAGAUCUGAGCACCACACGGCCUAGCCGAGGGAGCCUGCUGCCAAGUCGUGAAAUCGGCAUGGAGGGUGUCCGUGUGGAGGUGAGAAGGGACCCGGUGAUGGUAUCUGAGAGCAGAGAGGGUUCUAACAGCACCUCCAGGCCUCACGGCUCCAUACAGAUGGCCCCAGGUCCUCCAGGAGGAGCCGGGGCUGGGGUGGGUCUGGUCCCUGGCGCAGAGGGCCGGGCCAGGCUUCGGGCCGAGCCAGAGGCAGCAGGUGAAGGAAGGGAGCUCAGAGACAUUGUUCCCCAGUCUGCUGUGCCCUGCCCGAGCCGAGAAGAAACUGUAGAGUCACGGACUGCCGUGAGUGAAAGAGUCAGCUGAUUGGUUGGACGGUGAACAGGCCGACUGAUCGGACUGAGUCUGGACCAGGAGGAAGUGACUGGGCUGUUCGUGAAGGUUUACUGUUUUUACACUGUUUUCAGGCAGAUGGAUAGCAUUGCACAGAGCUGGUUGCAGCUUCUCAUCCGUUUGAAUCUGGAUUCGUGAGACGCUGUAAGGGUUUGGAUUCGAGAACUAACCUGGCGCCGAAGGACAGCUCGACACGUGAAGGAAAGUGUCUUUUUCUAGGAAAAACUAAACGAAAAGGAAAAACCGAUAAAAAGUGUGUGUGUAUAUAUAAUCAUAAGGCAGCUGUUGUGUCCCGCUAGUCUCCGUGGGGAGGGGGGGAGUAGUUUGGAACUAAAAACCAACGCUUAACAACACAUUACUCUGAAAUGUUGCUUCCGGAAUAUAACCUGUUUUUUUUUUAAUUUCGUAUUUUGAUAGUUUAUUGUUUUGUCUCUGUUAUACAGCUUUAAACUCUGAUAUUAUUGACUGACGGUCCCUUACUCAUUGCUGUGCUGCUGACUGACAGUCCCUUAUUUAAAGUCCUGCUCCUGACCGAUGGCCUCUUACGACACAUCCUCCUACUGACUGACCGUCCCAUAUCGACGGUCCUCACACUGACUGGUCCCACACCGAAAGCUUCAGAGGUGAUGUGGGGUGGCGGUUUGCACGUAAAACUGGUUUCUUAUGACUCCCAUCAUUCAUUUUCUUUUUAAUUUUUCCAUCAAAACAACAAUAAACGGGAGGCCAGUCAUGUUUUCCAUCCACUUCCAGACUGCCCCCUUCUUGUAGCCAAUCCAAUGUUUCGAAGUCAUCGUUUGAAGUAUCUGAACAACAUGAGGGGCUCUUGAUUUUCUUACCAAACGCCUCAAAAGCAGAUGAGUCGACAGUUUGAUAAGACAAACUGGAGCCCUCGUCGGUUGCUUUUCAAGUACUUCAAAUACAGGGAGUUGUUCUUCCCGUUGUGAAGCAGCAGGUUAGAAAUUCUUCCAAACUGCUCUUCAUUAAAUCUGUUUGUUUUGGUCUUUUUGUUUUCAAAGGAAGCACUUUGAAUAUCAAACCAAACCCACUUUUACAGUAGCUUUAUUUUAGUUCCAGUCUUAAUGAAAGAGUGGGAAAUGAACUUCUUUUUAUUGUGUCUUCAUGUUGAAUGUCUGGAACAGUUUGCACUCCUCUAGUUUGUACAAUCGAUCGCCUGCAUGUCGCUCAGAGACCCUGCAGGCCUUCAAUCGGAGCCGCACAUACGCAGAGGAGGGGGUUUGAGCCCCCCAGAGCUCUGGUCCAGCUUCAUGUGGGCUCAGUGAGCAGAAAAGUCAUGAGUCCAGAACUCCAGAUCUCAAACAGAAACUACAUAGCACCCAACUGUGCUUCACUGUUGUGUAAAAAAGAAACAAGGUCCAGUCAGUUGGCCACAGAAUCAUUACUUACAUACUGACGCUGCUUAUAAAGUUACGUUUCAUUUCAGUUAUUUCAUGUCUUAAGUGCCAUUUUGAUUUUCCAAGUGCUUUUAGUCCCAGUCCAGUGAUUUGCUGGAGACUUUUCUGUCACUUUUAUAAACAAAAUAACUUGGAGUUGUGGUCGAAUAGUCC